CAAAGGGGACGCUCAGGACGCUCAUGGCGUACGGUGCUCGGUACGCGACAUAGCGCGACGAUUCGAACUCUUCGAGCAGCCAGCUUAUCUAUGCUUAUGUAAUCUUCUUCAGCAGGCGUUGAUUCAGUUUAUUCUAUGGCUUCCAUGGAAGACGUAAAAGCUAAGCAAGCUUUGCUGUCGGAACAUUUUGCAGAGCUGGAAAAAAUUAUGGAACUUUAUAGGCAAACAUGGACAAGUCUGCAUAACGAGCUUCAACAAUCACUCAAGGAUGAGGCAGAUGAACGCAGGAAAGUGGCAUUGAAGCAAAUGAACAUGGCAAUUGAAAAGAGGAGACUGGAGGCUGAAACUGCUGCAAGCAGCAAGCACAAACUGGUUGCCGAGCAGGAGAUGAAGAGAAACAUCCGUGGCCUGAAGGAGCUCCAGAUUGCUGACGUUGCGACAGUUGAUGCAUUGAAGCCCUUGGAUAGUGACAAAGCCACCGCAGAGAGUGAGGCACUAAGGAAAGAAGCGAAGCUUCUGUCAAAAAUCCUAAGCGUGGACCUUCAACACUGCCCGACAUCAGGGAUCCUUUCUGCAGACUACUUUCCUGUCCAAACAAGAUGGGGACUGAGCAGGACACUUUGGAAACUGACAGGAAGGUCGUCUGCACGCAAGAAAACGUAGACAUGCUUUCCUGCGCCCUUAUCUUUACAAGGAGGAUGGCAAGUUAAUACCAUACCACGUUGUCACAACUGGCAGAGACCCAUGUGACAUAGCCGAUGAAUUGUGGAAGUUUGAUGAAGAGUGCAGUACCAAGAAGUGACUGUUCCUAAUGUACACACCUACUGAACAAAGCUGCUUGCCUUUUUUCCUUGCCA